UCAUUGAAGUUUGAAAAACACGCGUGUGUGACUGUGUGAUUUUUUUUACAUUUUUGUGUAAAAAAACUUGUGUAAAUCUUAUAAAUUAAAAAAUAUCUAUCUUUAAAAAUGGCAGAAACAAUGCGACAAACAGUUGCAACCAUUUUAAAAAGUAUCGAAAGAUAUAACCCAGCUAAUCUGCAAACCUUAGAGCGAUACGUGGAAAUGCAAUCGAGGGAGAACACCUAUGAUUUGGAAGCUAAUUUGGCUGUUCUAAAGCUGUAUCAGUUUAAUCCUGAGAAGUUUAACCCUGAUAUUACUUGUCAAAUACUUUUGAAAGCGCUAACGAAUUUCCCACAUACUGAUUUUACACUGUGCAAGUGUUUACUUCUGGAGUCUGUAGUAGAGAAUGAAACAAUUUCUCAAAUUAAAUAUUUGGCGGAUAUCCUAGAGCAAUGUGACUUUGCUCAAUUCUGGAAUAGAGUGCACCAAAUGCCUGAGCUGUGCAAUCGCAUUAGCAGCUUCCACGACUCCAUCCGCAAGUUUGUUUGUCACGUCGUGGGCAUCACUUUCCAGACCAUAGAGAAAAAUAAUCUUGCUAACCUUCUGGGUGGAAUUGAUGAUGUGACCCUAAAACACUGGGUGAAAAAAUAUGGAUGGAAGGAUGAAGGCAACCUGAUCUACAUCGCCACACAGGACGAAAACAUCAAGACUAAGAACAUCACAGAGAAGAUAGAAUUUGAACAUUUAGCUCCUCUGAUGGCAAUCCUGUAAGAUUUUUAUGUACUAAUCAUUAUUCUUUUACAGUAAUGAUCCUUAAUAAAACGGAAUAAAAGAGAAAUGAAUAAAA